AUGCGGUCCUUAAUUUGGUCCCUCGGCUUUUUCGGACUCUUCAUUCUGACAUCCGCUAAAGUUACGCAAUGGCACUUCCAAGGCCAGGUUCGAUGUGAGCACGAGAAAUCGCUGGAGGGAAAGCGGAAAAUUGUAGGUAACAGAAAAUUUUUAUGUAGGAAAAAAGUUCUAACACAGACUCAAGAAAUGGUUUUUUAAUUCUUGAAAGCUGCAGAUGAAAUAAUAUUUUAAUAGAUCCGACUGAAAGUUGUCCAGAUUCAAAAAUUGUUGCUUGUUUAAGGCUUUCGAAGCGAUGCCAAGUCAAGGUUCGGACGUAGCCUGAAAAAACUAUUUUUGGAGUAGGCCAGAAGAUGAAAAUUUUCUACUCACGAUCAUAUUGCCAUUUUUGGCAGGUUCCAAAAGAUUUUUCCCCUAGCUGCGCUGAGCUGCUAAAACCUUGGCUUUAUAAUUUUCCUUGGUUUUUUAUUCUUUUUGCUGACUGGCCUAGACGAAAAAGACAUCAAGCGUUCAUUUCAGAAUUCCAGUUGCUUUUUUUUGUGAAAAUUGUGUUAAAACACUUUUUUUUUAUUCUACGGCCUGCAAAAAGAUGAACCAUAUUUUUUUGAGCAUGCACCAACAUUUUCCGCAGUUGGCCUCCUUUUUAUGUUGAUAUACUGUACUUACAAGCUUGCAGCUCUUCAAAGUUGUCCAAGAGCAUGCUCUCUAUUCCAAUUUGGUUUGUCUAAAUCAUACGAUUGAUUCCAGCGGAAUGUUCAACGUCUCAUGUAACGCGACUGCAAAUGACAACGCUGUAAUUUACUUGUAAGUAAUGGUCAACCCAGUCGUUUUAUUUUCUUUUACAUUCAAUUGUUUUUGGUUUGAUUUUGUGCAGUUAUCAUGCUUGUGACGGUAUAUGUCGGCUUUACUACAACGACCGUAGCGACAAGAUUCGAAUCGAUUGGAAUGAUAUUGUUUUGGGAAAGUAUGACAUCAGAAGAGACGACGCCGAAUGUUCUGCAGAGAUCUAUGAGGAAUAG